AUGCGUCGGGUGGGGCUGAGGGAGUGGUGGAGGCAAUUGCAGUACAUCGGAGACGCCAAAUCCGGAACCUAUGUUGGCACAGAUCAGUUUGGAAACAGGUACUACGAGAACAGGAAUGCGGAGGAGGAAAUCCCUGGGCGUCACCGAUGGGUUGACCUUGCCCAACACGAAUACAAUGCGACACAGGUGCCGCCAGAGUGGCAUUCGUGGAUAUCUCAUAUCCGGAAAGACCCUCCAACUCAAGACACAGUCAUGCAAAACCUGACCCCCCCUUGGAAAGCACCAUACUACGAAAAUUUGACAGGCACACGAGGAGCGUACAAGCCAUACAACACCGCCGUUCCGAAGAUCUCUGCCUGGGAGCCCAAAACCAAGGCCCGUUCAUAG